GCUAGCUCUUGUUCUACCACAUCAAGUUAUAUAAAUCUUCAUUUUCUCUGGUCUAGAAAGAUGGCAUGGACAUCUCCUGCAGACGCCAUACCAUGGGUGGGAUUAUAUAUUUGUGUAGCAUCUCUGGUUUGCACUCUAGCAAUGGUAGCCGAUGUUUUUCGAGGCUUUGGACAAUGGAAACUUUGGUUUCCAUGCAGAUUUUUCACUAUCAAUGCUGCUUCUAUCACACUGAUAGCAAUAACAACAAAGCUACUAGUGGAUCUGAGCACCAACUUGUCUGACGAUCAUGAGAAUAUAGCAAAGUUUGUGAGCAUUUGCUUCUUGGUCGCCAUGUUAGCCAACAUUCUCCCUUCUUUAGGGCUUAUGAAUGACAAGGAACUUCUGCUGAAUACGGUGGCCUUGUGUAUCCUCAUACUUACCAUUAAUGUAAAUAUGUGGAUUCAAGUUAUUAUUGCUCAGUCGAGUUUGGUAAGCUGGACAACAAUCCUUUUAUUGAUUCUUUUAAUUCCAUGUCCAUUUUCAGUAGCCUUGACAGUGUCAGCAUCUAGAAGAGCUUUAGAGCAACGGUACAAGGAGUUGCACAGUUUGGCUUCUAAUUAUGAACAGAUAAACUUCUCCAGCAAGGAACUCAUACGUUAUGUUAAAAAGUAUUGGAUGAUGGCAGAGACUGGUCAUUUCAACCUCUCCAUGAAAUGGAGCAAGCAUCAUAUAAACGUGUUCCGAGUCGAGAAACAUUGGAUCCAAACACUUCAGCUGUGGAAAAGCAGCCCUGUCCCUAAGCAUAUCCCAGGUCGCCAUUGCAAGAAGGUUUUCCAUAAAAUCCGAAACUUGAUUUUGAACUUUUGUAUAGCACUUCAGAUAACGAUUGUAGUUAUAUGUAAAACAGAAUGUCUUAUUCCCAGAUUUUUUCUAAUCUUAUUCUCUUAUUGUUACCAUUUCGGCAAGUCAUACUUGAAAAGGUUUAAGGAAGAACCAAAUGCAUCUGAUAGUAAUGUGAUAUCAGAUAUGGAAGAAUAUACUGGUUACAUCUUGCAAAUCGAACCGGAUGCGAAGCUUUCAAAGAGAAUAUUACGAAAUGUUCUCAGUUCUAUAACUCGACUUCUUCAAGAGUCUGAAAAGAAAGAGCCAAGGAAUCUUAUGAAGCUUCUAGAGAAAUCUACAGGAUUCAUUGGCGUAGUAGAGUUCGACAAUGAUCAAGUUCCACCAUUACAUCCAGAAGAAGUCCAGAACUGCUGGAGCCUAGUAACAGUAACAUUAACUGCCAUUGCUCUUGCGCUUCCUAAUAUUGCAAACUGCCAUUUUAAGGGGUUGCUUUCAAGUAUGAAGGAAGGUCUUCAAUUUGUGAGACAUGUGGAAGAAAGCCUCAAUGAUUAUGAUGAGAUGAUAAAGGCACGAAAAGCAGCUACACACGUAUGGACAGACAUUGAAGUAUACUGCAAGUGGCUACAAAUUGAUCUUCAAAAGAAGGCUCGUAAAGGAAAAACAUCAAAGGACAUUCUUCAAUGGUUGGGUGAUGAAGCAGCAAAAAUUGUGAUACAGUUCAAGACAAGGAAAAAUGUAAGUCUGGAUCACUCACUCUCUAAGUUCAUUGCUGCAAGUUCUAUGUAUAGGAUCAGCCAAACCAUACUGCUUCACUGCCAUGAGCAAGAAAAUUGUCCAACAGAUGAAGAGCUUUUUGAGUGGAUAUCAACCAUAAUCGCAGAUCUGCUAUGUGCUUGCUUUACCAACUUGCCACGUGUCAUAACCAUGAAGUGUCAUGUUGAUGCAAUAGAGAAAAGGGAAGAUAACAUCAGAACUGCAGCUCAGCUUCUUGGUAGAUCCAAAAACAUCCUGAAAAUGCUUAAAAAGCGCCAACUUCCCAACUUAGACAUUGAGUCGAUGGGGUAUGUUGAUAAGUGGCAUGCAUUAUCAAAGAGUCAGAUACCCAAUGGUAAUUCAGCCAGGAUUCAACCAGGUUCUUCAAGUUCUAAUGAAUCUUUGGUAGUAACUAUUAUUUGACUAGUAUGUGUAUGUUUGAAACAAGAAUUGUGGUCUAUACUUAAUAUGAACUAGAUGCAUACCCCCGCUUUGCAGGGGUUGGAAGCCUUAGUGAAAAGUUAAUUUGUACUGUUGCAAGUAUUAUCCAAUUUACAAAGCAUUAUUACUGUUCUAACUAUGUACAUAUAGUUCAAGACAAUUUUGGUCUUUAAAAUAAAAGGGAAGUAAGGAACUGAAUUUCUUCUA